AUGAACCUGAGCAGGCGGGAAGAGCGCUGGGCCGAGCGCCGGGCCGCACGCAAGGAUGCACGCGCGAUGAGGGAGCAAGCGAGGGAAAUACGCAGGGCGGGAGAGCAAGUGAGCCGAGCACUUAGAGAGGAGGAGCGACAUGUGGAAAUACAUAAAGCGAAGGAGCUGUUGAGGCAAGCACUUAGGGGGGGGGAGCAGUUGAAGGUGGCGGAAAAUCAGACAGCUAUAGGGUGCAUCAAUUCCGGCCCCAGGCUUUUUUCCAACCUCGAUGUCUCAGCAGAUCCCGGGCACCAGACUCCCGAAGAAACCAUAGAGUCACUACGAGAAAGAGACAAGAAAUACGAUAUUCCAUUUUCCAUCGAGGAACUCCUCAAAUUCCCCGUUAAAUCUAUCGGGCACCUCCUCCAAAACCGCGGCGACAUCAAAUAUUGUACAAAUGUCGCAUGCACAUUCACGAGAGAGAAAUUCAUGGCUAUUGCCCCACGAAUACCAGAAUAUCCAAAGCUCCAGGACCUCAUCCUGACUGUUCUAUCAUGUUGGGUAGCUAACUCAACACCAAAAACUCCCUGCCCUAAGCUGAAAACUGCAGGAAGAUUCUGUGUGCAUUUUUUGGAGGCAUGUUCUGCGAGCCUACCUGCUCUUAUUGAGAGCUCGAAAACCGAUAAAUCCCUCCAGAAGCUGUUUCGUAUAUGCGAACUUUUCUAUUUUGUUGUUACUAUAAUGGCUGGGGGCAUGACGCUUGACCUCAAUGGCAUAGCUACUCAGGCUAUUUUUAGCCCAUCCAUGAUUGAGCAAGUGGUAUAUUCUUGUGGAACAAUUGAUAAAGCCCCAGAAGGGGUCUGCAAGCACCGGCUCUGGAAUCUCGCCAGUUCCUCGGCACGGGGGCUUGUAGAAAUAUUCUCGAUAUCUGAGAUGGUUCGGCAAGAAGGGUGCGAGUUAUCAUCCAAAUUCCAUUUAGAGAAACAUGGCGCUUGCAACGUUCAGAUCUGUCAAUUGAACGACGAGAAUACCACGAAAGUGCCCCAACUACAUCUGCUCUGCAAAUCUCAAAAUUGUGGAACAAUCAAUUUCAGUCAAGCCAAACUCAACAAAAUAGAUAUCGCAGAAAUAUCUAAACCUGGCGCGACAGCUUGGACAUUAAACGAAAAAGAUCCACAACCGGGUGCGAAAAAUUACCUAGCAAUUUCUCAUGUCUGGGCGAACGGAACGGGCGUAGGCGAGCAUACCCCAGGCAAUGUCAACCGAUGCCUUUUUCGCUACUUUAAGACUAUUGCUUAG